CAGCAAGCACACAAUGCUUACCCCGUGGACAAUACGUACUACUACCAAUGUGAAUCGCAGCUAGGACGCGAUUACUCUCUCGAGUAAGUACGUACCUGCUGCCCUGCAUAUAAACGCUGCGAGUCUGUGACGCACUUCUUAUCACCGAUAAGGACUGCCAAUGCUGGGGGGUAUAAUAUCGUCAAUGGCAUUCAACCCUCUCCUUGACACAAUCAGAGCUGUUUGGCCGAUGUCCAAAUCCUAAUUCUAUCUUCUCUUGUAGAUUCCCAUCGCCUUUCCCUACGAUACCUUGAUUCAGCUGGCUUUGUACCACCGUAGAACUCUCCGCCUUGUUUACAUACGCAUCGCCCGAUAACGUUCGCCUCGCCCCGCCUCCCAUCCACCUUAUACCGCUCCUUGCCACCACAGACAGUUGAUUAUUGCAAUCUCCAGUGCCUAUAUACGCGGUUUCCCUUCGAUACAAGCAUGUUCGAAUAGCCUAUUUCACCAUGGACAACGCACUGUCUACUCAAGAACAGCAGCUUUGCGAGCAUUUGAGGGAGCUACCCAGACACCAUGGGUAUCGAUAUGACGAUGCGGCCUGCCGCGAUCUCCUCUACAACCUGUUCUGGUCCAUGGCUGGGGGACGACCGGAAUACUUGCGGUUAUUCUUUCCUGAUGGAAGGCUCACACAGCGAGGUCCCCUAAAGUUGCGGGAUGCCCAGGGCGCCUUGGAGGGUGCCGAAUAUACCGAGGCGGCUCGAGGCAAAGCAUGUGGCCACAUCUUCAGAGUGGGCGAGGCUACAUACGGCUGCAAGACCUGCAGCACCGACGACACAUGCUGUCUGUGCAGCAAGUGCUUCCAUGCUACAGAUCAUACAGGGCACAUGGUACGCAUUUCCAUAUCUCCUGGUAAUAGUGGAUGCUGCGACUGCGGAGACCCUGAGGCUUGGAAGUUGCCUAUGUUUUGUACCAUCCACAGCGAGCAUGACAAAGACCGUUCCAAAGGGAAAGGAAAAGAGGCCGCUCUGCUACCCGAAGAUCUUGUAACCAACAUCCGUAUGACCGUUUCUCGAGUCCUCGACUUCAUCUGCGAUGUUAUCUCUUGUGCUCCGGAACAACUGCGACAGGCCAAGACCAAGGAAUCUAUUGAACGCGACGAGAAAAUGUCUCGCUUAGCUUCCACUUACAACGGCGGUGAUGUUGAUUCACCCGAAGAAUUUGCACUGCUGCUGUGGAAUGACGAAAAGCAUACCGUCACCGAGGUUCAAGAUCAGGUGGCUCGGGCUUGCAGUACCACACUAGAUGAAGGUUAUAUCAAGGCAAUCGAAACCGACUCAAUCGGUAGAAGCAUUCUAAAGUACGACACGGACAUUCAAAAGCUCCUCAACUGUGCAACUAUUCUUGAGCAUAUCAAAAUAACCGUCACGAUCCGGUCGUCCCGAGAUACCUUUCGGGAACAAAUGUGUGGAACUAUGAUUGAGUGGUUAAAUGAUAUUGCUGGCUGCUCUGUGGGCAACGACCACAACAUCUUGAGGGCUGUUGUUUGCGAAGAACUUCUCAAUCCCUGGCGCAAGGGUAGCCCCGGAAGCCACGCCAUCCCUGGCAAGAAUGGCCUUGAAGAUGAAGAAAAAUUAGAAAACGACCCUCACUCUGUUCAUACUCAUACUACCACGAUUCUCAUUCAGCGGGCUAGGUUUCUCGCGGCAGGUCCACGACCCCCUCUCUUAGACUCAGAUGGUGACGAUGAAGAUGAAGACGAAGAUGACGAUAUGGAUGAUGGAAAUCGAACCCCUUCUAGCGGAGAAGAAGAAGAUGAUGAUGAGGACGAUGCUGAUGACGACGACGACGACGAUGAUGACGAUGACGACGUGUUGAUGGUAGACGCUCGCCCAGCAAGGGCAGGGGAUGUAAAUCCCAUUACUGACUGGAUCGGGCCAACUGUAGCCUCCUUAGAGGAAGAAGAAGCGACAAUAGCAGGCUAUCCACCACCUCCGCCACCUCCGCCCGUACCAAGGCGUGCCACACGAGACAGGGAUCUCACACCAUCAGACUCAGACACGGCUGAGCCUCUCAUUGCGCCAACGGUCUAUGCCAAAGCAAACCUGGAAGUUCCAAAGACACCCGGCCUUGCCAAAGCAGACGAAAGCAGGCCACCCAAGCCGGGGCGAUACUGGGUUGAGACACCGCCUGCCUACACAGAGCGUGACAAUUUGCAUCCGUACGAGGAUGUUUUCCAGCGCGUACGUUUGGAUUGGCUUGUUCUUUUUGAUCUCAGAAUGUGGAAGAAAGUUCGCAACGACCUUCGCGCGCUCUAUAUUUCUACUGUGGUUACUAUACCUGAAUUCAAGAGGAUUCUAGGUCUUCGGUUCGCCGCACUAUAUACCACUUUAGCACAGCUAUAUCUCAUAGGGGAUCGCGAGCCGGACCAUUCAAUCAUCAACAUCUCGCUCCAGAUGUUGACAACGCCAUCCAUUACUGCCGAAGUAGUGGAAAGAGGGAACUUUUUAACAACCCUCAUGGCAAUCCUUUAUACUUUUCUAACCACGAGACAAGUCGGCCAUCCUUUCGAAGUUGCAUCCAAUGCAAUACUUGGUUUCGAUACAGGCUCUGUGACCAACAGACGCAUGUACCACUUCUAUGUAGAUCUCAAGUACCUCCUCAGUUCUCCGCAUGUACAAGAGCGUAUGCGAACUGAGGAACGAUAUCUGCUGCAAUUCCUUGAUCUUGUCAAAUUACAUCAAGGCAUUUGCCCAAAUGUUCGUGCCGUAGGCGACCACGUCGAAUAUGAGACGGAUAGCUGGAUCGGGGCGUCUUUGAUGACACGAGAAAUAAACAGGCUUUGCCGGCUUCUCUCGGGUUCGUUCCGACAUCUCGCCGAGCAAGAUUCUUUAUAUCUCUCUAGAGCUAUCCGCCUCACGGCUAAACUUGUCAUUCUAAACUCAAUUGGAGCCGAACGUGCUCGAUUUACUCAGUCCGAAAUCAAAGAUGAAACUCGCUUCAAAACACUUACCGACUUUGAAUUCGCCGGGGAAAGCACUAAGUACGAUGUCGUCAAAUUUGUUGUAGAAGAGCAGCCAAUAAGCUUUCAUCACGCAUUGCAUUCGACGCUUUCAUGGCUAAUCGAAUGUGCAAAGCAUAUGCCACCACAACAGCUCAAAUCAGUGCUGAGUUUCACAGCCCAGGAGCUUAAAAUGAGGCCAAAAUCCAUGGGACGCAAAUCGCUUCCAAAGAGGGACUAUGCACCAGAGGACUACUUGAUGGCUGCUUUUGACUUUCCCCUGCGUGUAUGUACAUGGCUUGCCCAGAUCAAGGCCGGCAUGUGGGUACGUAACGGGAUCAGCCUUCGACACCAGGCGAUGACCUAUCGCAAUAUUGUUACUAGAGACGUAACUCAUGCGCGGGAUAUUUUCCUCCUACAGACAGCAAUGGUUGUUUGCGAUCCUGCGCGAGUUCUCGCUUCCAUUGUCGACCGUUUUGGCAUGGAAAAAUGGGUGAAAGGUUUUUACGAAAUGACGACUGCAAUGCAGGAUGCAACUCAACAUCUAGACGUUGUUGAGGAUAUGAUUCAUCUUCUGAUUGUAUUGCUGAGUGACCGCACCUCCCUCAUACCCACUACGGAUGAGCAACAGACGCAUCUCAUGGCAUUACAUCGCGAUAUUACCCAUAUACUGUGCUUCCGGCCCCUAUCAUUCAACGAAAUCUCCAACAAGCUACCAGAAAAGUUCCACGAGCAUGAGGACUUCCACAGAGUUCUUGAUGAGGUUGCCACGUUCAAACCUCCUGAGGGUGUUUCAGAUGUUGGAACAUUUGAACUUAAGCCGGAGUUUAUCGAAAAUAUCGACCCAUACGUAGCGCACUAUAAUAAGAAUCAAAGAGAAGAAUCGGAGGCUGCCUAUCGAAAAUGGAUGGGCAAAAAAACAGGAAAACCAGCUGAAGAUAUCGUCUAUGAGCCUAGACUGAGACCGAUCGAGACUGGUGCCUUCGUAGGGCUUGCUGAAUUCACCUCAACGGGCUUGUUUGGGCAGAUUAUCUACUAUGCUCUUUUGUAUGCCCUUGUCGCGGCAAAAUUCACACCGAAAGUGCCAUUCACACGAGUAGAGACAUUUUUGCAGGUUGUUCUACACUUGAUACUCAUUGCUAUUCAUGAAGACAAGUCAACAGAUAGCGGAUUGUUUGGCUCAAAUUCCUUUAUUCAUGUUGCAUUAACAACGCAAGCCCGCAGCAAUUUCUUGGCGGAAUCACCAGGGGCGAAAACAAUCGUUUCUCUUUUGAACCUCCUUUCCACGAAGGAGGAAUUCAAAGCCUGUCACCCUAAGAUAAGUCUCAUACUGAAGAGGAUGAGACAGAGAUAUCCACAACACUUCGACAAUGCCUAUGCGCGACUAGGAAUUUCGUUGGACCGCAUUGAUACCGCAUCUCCAGCAAACACGCAUAACACCGACGAGGAGCGAGAAAGAAAGAAGAGAGCUGCCUUGGACCGCCAGGCUAAAGUAAUGGCUCAGUUCCAAGAGCAACAAAAGAGUUUCAUACAGAUGCAAGGUGACAUAGAUUGGGGAGACGAAGAGCUUGAAGAUAUCGAAGCCACAGAGCCAGAAGAGCGAAAGAAUUUUUGGAAGUAUCCCAGAGGUACAUGUAUUCUGUGCCAAGAGGAGACCGACGAUGGACGUCUCUAUGGAACCUUUGCUUUCUUCACCGAGAGUCUCAUUUUACGGCAGACCGACCUUCAAAAUCCUGACUACGUUAGGGAAGCAGCAAAUACGCCCGUUAACCUUGAUCGAUCUGCUGAGGAGAUUCGGCCAUUUGGCCUAGCUCAUGAAAAUAGGACGGUAGUUGAGAAAGUCAAUUCAAGUGGGCAAAGUUUCAUGGCUGAGAAACAGGGCAUUGGGAAGGGCUUUCCAGCUAACCUCUGUCGAUCGGGGCCUGUGUCAGUUGGCUGUGGUCAUAUCAUGCACUUCAGUUGCUUCGAUACAUACAUGGAAGCCACUGUUCGGCGACACGGGCAUCAGAUUGCUCGCCACCAUCCUGAGAACCUUGAGCGAUUAGAAUUUGUUUGCCCGCUAUGCAAGGCACUCGGCAAUGCAUUCUUACCCAUCACUUGGGACGGAAAAGAAGAAUCGUACCCCGGUAUAUUGCAAAGUAACAGCGACUUCAACUCAUUCAUUGACCAGCGUCUCAAUGGCUACAACAUCCCAAAUAUGUGGUGGUCGCGUUCGCACUCCAAAACUAUUUUCUCGGAUUAUUUACGUACAAAAAUGCCAGAGGCUCUUACUGAUAUCACGAGGGAGCAUGCUUGGGAGUGUAAUACUAGUCACUCGACGCCGUUAAGCACUCCAUUUGGCGAAGCAUUCUCUAUUGCAACGCCAGGCUCUAGUGUUCGAUCUCAUUCGCCCUCAGAAACACGAACUACUACUUCAGAACUCGCACUUGUCUACCAACGACUCUGGGAUACCCUACGAAAGAACAAACUAGCUACUAGCCUUGAAGCUGAAGAUAGUGAUGACGAUUUCCCUAGUGGCAAUAUAUUAGCACGGUCUGUUGGGUACUCCAUUUCCGCCACCGAAAUACAACAGCGUGGGGUUGAAGCUCAGUAUGGAAUGACCCUGAUUGAAAAGAUACCGGAGCAAUCAUUGAUUCAGCUUCGAAUCCUGUCUGAAACAGUGUCAUCAUAUAUAUCUGCGGGUGGCCUCAGAAAUAACGGAGAGAAUCAAAUCGAAAUAGAUUUCCGACGAGAGAGCGAGCGUCAGCACUGCCAGCUCUUUGUGCCGAAAUCUUUUGACAUGAGCCAACAUCCAGCCCUUCUCGAUGAGGACCCCUUCAUAUUCAUGUCCGAAGCCACAUUUGGGCUGUUGGUUGCAGAGGGUAUAGAUCCCAUGCAUCUUGUUCGCUUGUGUUAUCUUGCCGAGAUCGUCAAGGUAAUCUAUCAGGUGUCCAGGAACAUCCCGCUGUCAAAGUGGCUAGAGAACCUCAGUGACUCAAAAAAGAACGAUGACCCCAUCAUGAACAAUUUUGCCACUUUUUUUCACAGCAUCAUUAUGAGCGGCAUGAGAGCUAGCGCCGAAAUGGGGGAGACAUCCAAUGAUCUUUUGAAUGCCGGGUUUAACCAGCCGGCAGUGGAGGGCUUAGCAAACCUUCAUUCCUUUGUCAAAAAGUAUGCUCUCGUUUUCCUUCGGAAAACCGCAAUCCUUCUCCAUGUUCAUCAUGGUGUGGACUUCAAUAGUUAUAUUUCCCUGGACACGGAAGCUGACGAGCUCACUCGACUUACUGCUGCGUUGCGGCUGCCCUCAUUUGAUGACAUGUGCACUGCGUUGACGCCCCUUCGGAAUGAGGUUGGUUGGUCGCCGCACAUAGCAGACCUCGUAACUGGUUGGAUUAGCCAUUAUACUUGGAGAGCGACCUCUAUGGCCCCGGGCCAUGAAGGACGUGUUUUGCCUAUAUCUGCACAGAUCAGCCACCCAGGGAUCUUUGAACUUGUCGGAUUACCUAAGAACUAUGAUACACUUAUUGAGGAAUGCUCAAAGCAGCGUUGUCCUAAGACAGGAAAAGACCUUGCUGAUGCCAUUAUGUGUCUCACGUGUGGCGAGAUCUUCUGUGGUCAGACUAUGUGCUGUCUUAUGGAAUACCGAGAGCCGGGUCCUGGUAGACCUAUGAUCCGAAUUGGGGGAGCUCAACAACAUAUGCGUUUCAAAUGUCAGGGUAAUAUAGGGCUCUUUAUCAACAUCCGCAAAUGUGCUAUCUUUUACUUGCACCGAGGGUCUGGAAGCUUUAGCAAUGCGCCCUACAUCGAUAAGUACGGCGAGGUAGACGUUGGGCUUCGCCACGGCCGCCAGCUAUAUCUGAGCCAGAAGAGAUAUGAUUCGAUGCUCCGAAACUUGUGGCUUAGUCACGGCAUUCCGAGCUAUAUCAGCCGCAAACUUGAAGCUGACAUCAACAACGGAGGCUGGGAGACCAUCUGAUGGAUCGUCCAAUACGCGACAACAUUGCACAAGAUUCAUGCAUAGCUAGAAAGGGCAAUAGGUCAUGGUUUACGAUAGGGGGUUUGAAAGUACAACGGGAAAUCUGGCGUUAAAGAUCUACAUAUAUUUUUUGCAACACUGACAAACGAAACUGUACGCAGCAGUUUGUGAGUCGUUUUGCUUUGUGCUUUAGAGCUUGAGCAUCCUGUGAUUUUGCGCUUUGGCUCGCCAUAGGAAUACGCAGCUAUACCCAACUCAGUAUUUCACUUUCCCUGGGCUAACCACAUUUUGCCAUCUGUAGUUGCAUAGUAAUCAUAUGAACGCUGGAC